AUGACCGACCCGUUUUCUGUUAGCGCCGGCGUGGUGGGAGUAGUAUCCCUCGGCCUUACCCUUGGCCAGGGAUUCGCGCGUUACUACGGGCCAUGGCGCGACUAUGAUGACGAGAUUCGAGGGUUUACCACCAAAGUCGAUGGACUUUUAAACACUCUACGCCUUCUAAACAGCUUUUUAUCGCCUCAAACCAACCUACAGCUUCCUUCUGAUCAAUAUCGGCUCCUAGUCCUCGACAAUCUAGCAUCCUGCAAAGAGGCAUGUCAACGCCUGGAGAAGAUGCUUGAUGAAUGUAAAAUGAGCAAUCUGAACGCCUCAAGUUCAGCUUUCUCGAGCAAACGUGACUGGCUUCGACUAAAGAGGAUGGCAUAUCCUUUCAAAAAAGAUACCUUGGUCACAUUGUCUGGAUUGGUAUCUGGUCUGCAGGAUAACCUAAGUCUAGCUCUUCAGCUUCUUCAAAGUGCUCUUAUGAGUCAACAACAGCGACAGAUACAAGACCUGAUAUCCCGAACAUCCUCGAUUAGCAUUACAACAACAAAGAUCCUCACAGUUGUUGACCAGCAAGUGGUACCCACUAGCCCGCAAGCCCUUGUUCAGCAUACUCCGCAAACAACCCAACUCAAUCCUCGCACAAUGCCGGAACCAAGCCUAUUACGAGACCUCUGUGACCAACAACAACUCAUGAAUACCUGGUUGCGAAGGAAGCGGAGGCUGCCUGCUUCGCAAAUAGAGCAGAUCUCACGGUAUUGUACCUGCCGCCGGAGGCUGCGAUUCGUGACAUCAAGCGGCGGCUAUCACAAGCGUCGCCCGUUCUCAGGAUUGUCGCUCUCAACCUAUGCGCUGCAUGAAAACUCCUGUCCAUUGUUCCUGGGUUUCUCGUUGCAGGUCAUGAUGACAUUGACGAGAGGUGCAGGCUCCUUUGCAUUUAGUCCAGUGAUUCGUUUGCAAGCUGUCGUGGCCUCUAACUCUCCAGCCUUCGACGUUAUAAUUCAUUCUAGGUACGGUGAUUAUCCUAAACCGGGCCCUGGUGGCCAAUCAGACUGCGUGAAGACAACCCUUUUGAAGAUGUUCCAGGAAGGAAGGGCCGCCCCAACCGAUCGUCUCGAGGAUGGCAGCACAAUCCUACAUGUGCUUUGCUCUUCUUUCCAUAUGUGUAGAUAUGAAGAAGAUCCAUACUACGGAGGCGAUUUCAAGUCAUUGGUAACGGCAUUAAUUGAUGCCGGUGUCCCUUCCAACGAGCGCACCAUCAGCGGCAAAGCAGCUGCGGAUACGCUUAUUCGUCGUUUUCAUCCUUAUAAAAUACAGAAUCAAUCGCACAAAUUCGACGAGUGGUUGAGCAGUCUCGAAACAAUCCUUAACUCUGGUGGAUAUCUCAAUUCUGUCAUACCGUUGGGAUGGGGUGAUCAAUGGAACUAUUCUUCAUCCAAGGCAGCGCGUUUUCUUCUCAUGAAAACCCCCCAUGGACUCGAGCUCCACGAAAUCGAGAUUGCCAUUCUGUCUAGAUCAGCGGAGUCCCUAAGGUGCUGUUUGAUGUCACAAGUUGGGCCAGACCCCAGUGACCCACUGAUGACGAUCCCGGGAUACUUUCAUGUUCUGUUCUUGUCAUUAGGAUGGCCUGCAGGGUUGAGGAUCUUGUUGGACUCGCGUUUAAGCUACGCAACAGACCAGACCAAUUACCCGUAUUCUGGAAUCGACACCCCCAUCGGGUAUUGUUUCAAAGAAGCUUGCAGGCAGGGUGAAAAUGAAUGCGCCUCAAUACUUCUAGAAUAUCUUGACUUUGUCAAAUUGAGCCAUCUAUAUGCGGCAGCGAACCUGAAGGACAUUCCCAUUCUAACGAGAAUAAUCUCCGCCCUUGUCAAGUCUCGACAUGAGCUACAACAACUGGCCCUCGAACACCUCCCGCACGAUGUUUUGUGUACACUUUCAUUACCAUCCAGCACGCUCUUGGAUUCCAGAGCUUUCGACGUGUAUGAAGCACUAGCGGAUCACAAUAUCAAAGUUCACCCGCCCCACUAUGAAAGAGCAUCAGUUUAUGGUUAUGCAUCGAACGACAUUACGAUCUUUGAACGUCUUUAUGCAGCUGGGUUCACGGACUUGAACCAGUGCGAUGGGAACAGCAUUGCAUCUCUAAUGGAUCCUCACUAUAGUUACAAUCCUCAGGAUCCAUGUCGUCUCAUCAAAAGCGCGAUUUGGCUGGUUUGUAGAGGGGCUAGCCUCUAUCAACUCUCAGAAGAGGGCUACCCAUCAUUCUUCAGUUUGGCUGACGCCUUUGGAGAGAACCUCCACUAUUCGUUUAAGUACCAUGACAAGGCAGGACAGGAUCUUAGGUCACUAAUAAUAGAACAGGAUCCAGAUGUGCUGGAGUUUCUUUAUAUGAUGAUCACGGAUGACUCUCGUGACGGCUGUUCGUGCGCGUGUACUAACGGUGGUUGCUGUUCCUCGUACCAGCAGAUCCUCCACGGCUUUUUCCGGCACGUGAAACUCUACUGGCCAUAUCAAGAUUCCUCUACCACAGCAUUUGCCGCUUUGAUUGAUGCACUCCAAUAUGCUGUACCAGGACGGUUCUCGGAGGACCAAAGACGUGCUAUUGCUCUCCAGACUUUACGGUACCUCACAUUCAACGCAUUAGAUAUAACCCACACUUGCCACAAAAACAAGGAAUAUUUCCCGUCUCGGGUAUUUGAAGUCGAGGAAAUCCAGGAAAUACAUGAGGAGGAGGCCGAUCUCAUCCGUCAGCUGGACGAGUUGGUAGCCGAGUUCGCCAGGAAAUACGACGAGCUCGGAUACGGGCUGCAUGACUUUAUCGAACAGUAUGUGAAGCCCCGGUUGAAUGAGAUUGUUGACUCAGAAUCGGAAGAGGAAGAGGAGGUCGACCCGGACUACCAGCAACGAGUCCGGGAUCUUGGUGUCAAUCUAGAAUGA